GGUCUAGCCGGGCAAUAUAUGGCACUGGUACCAACUGUCAGACACGUAUAAGUUUUAGAAAGCUUCAUUCUUUAGCAGUGAGUGGUCUUGUGAAGAUUUCUCUUGUUUUUGCUGGUGUGUAUUUGGAUUGAAACAGACGUGCAGACGUGAACUUUUUGACAAACAUUUUACAUUGUACUGUGACUUUGCGACUGCUGAAUUCGAACACCAGCUGUUGCUGUGAUCGUGUUGUAGGCCGCCCUCAAUUUUAAAACAGGAAUCUAGGUCGAGUGAUUCAACAUUAUUAAAAACAUCAUUUCAAAAUGAAAACAAUAGCUUUCAAUGUUUUACUUGCAAUCGGCGUGUUGGUGAUGUACAGCUGCCAUACGGAUGCCAAAGGAAUUAAAAUUGGUGGCUUCAAGGCACCAAAACCAAUUAAGGUUUCCGUACCAAGACCUAGUAUACCAAAACCCAGUAUACCGUUCAUUGUCCCCGUGCCUAUUAUUCUUCCCGUUGGUGGCUUUGGCAGAAACUACUAUGUCAACAAAAACAGCAGACUGCAGUGCUAUUCAUGCGAAGGUGCGGACAACGAACUUUGUGCAAUCAGUCCAGCUACGAGUUCAAAAAAAGUGACUUGUGCAGAGAAAAACAUGUUCUGCAGCGUCGUCAGGAAAGAAGUGCAAAUAGAUUCAACCGCAGGAAGUUCUAAUGUUACCAAGUCCGUCGAUAAAACGAACGAAACGGAUAUUGUAAUUGCGAGCACGCAAAAUUCUUCCUUGACGUCAUCGUCCACCACUGAUCCGCUUUCUUUCAGCACAUCCACUGAAUUUAUUAUUUCAUCCUCUACUGAGAAUCCCAUGACAACGGAUGCGUCGCCUUUGUCCAUCGAUAGCAGCACUCCUGCAUCAUUAACGAGAGUGACUAGAGAAAUCACUACACGUGUCGUCAUUCAACGCGGUUGCAAAUCGCUCGAUUUCAUCGAAGGAAUUUCUCUGGCGUCAAUCAGCAGGAAGAGUGGCGCAAACGAAUCGGAAUAUGUUUAUGCUCAACUUUGCACAAAGGAUUUGUGCAAUUCCGGCGAUGGACGAUUGAGGUGCUAUGAAUGCAAGGGAACGGGUCAAAAGGACGACUGCAUGGUGAACCCAUCAAAAGUGGCUAAAGUGUUGAUGUGCCAACCGAAGGAAUCUUGCUACGUGGAAAGAAAGACCGUCAGGACUCAUAAUUCAACAUCUAACUCGACAGAGACCAAAAUAAUGGUGACGAGGGGCUGUAGAGCGGCUUCGUCGUCUGACGACCAAAACGUGAUUUCAAGAACAAACGGCACACUGGGGAUGUCCUGCCGAUUGACUGAUUUUUGUAAUUCAUUUGACGCCAACAGACUGGUACAACGUUCCAACUCCGCUUCAGGAAAUUAUGCGACAUUUUCAUCCUUGGUUCUAACACUCGUUGUUAGUCAUCUUCUCCUUCAAAAAUAAAUAUUUCCCCCUCAAGCUCUCUAGAAGCGAACAGAGUAAAGAAAUUGAUUGCGAUAAGUCAACAGUUUCUAAUUAAGAUUUUGGAUUGCCUUAGCAAUAUUUACCGUUUCAUAUUUGUAUUUAUAAAAAAAAGCGAUUUUACGUGAUAAUGCUCAUGAGUUCCAGAAUUCUAGCGAUUUUAGUUACACAUGAAACAUGCUGAUAUCCGUCCCAAUUUUUCGUGUUGGACGAGAGUACGAAACAAACAAAAUAUUAUUUCUUCUACCGAGGCAGACAAUUACACUCAAAUACGUCCAAA